GUCGCCAAACUAAGUCUUAAGUAGUUAAAAUUAACUAUCGCGUACAUACUACAGCACCGUUCGCUGCCUUAGAUCAGGCUACCGUCGCCGUCGUCGUUGCCGUUGCCGUCGCCGCUGCCGCCGCCGUCGCCGCCGCCACCAAUUGGAUCGUCGCUGUCGCCGUUCAGUGGUCGAUGUUUGGUUCAGUUCAGUUCAGUUUUAGUUACCGCACGGCAUAAGCGUCGCUGCUCCGCACAAAUUUAUUUUUAAAACAAACCAACAAACGCAGCCAAGCAGCAGCGCGGCAUUACUUCCAAACUUCAGCCAGCAUAGACCCUAACCUCAAAUCAGCUGUUGCAUACAACAGACAUCGUGCGAAGCGCGUCCAGCGAAGACAAUAAUAACAACAACAGUAAAAUGGACAUUCAGACGCUCAGCAAUGAAUGGGAUGAACUCAAUCGUGAAUAUGCCGAACUUGAGGAGUGCAACAGGCGCAACAUCGAGCUGCUGGAGCAGCUGCAUCAGCAUCAACAGAAAUGCUUCAACGAGAUCAAGCAUCAACGAUAUCGCAUGAAUCAAAUAUCAGCCUCUAUGCGACAAUACAAAGGACCAGCCGAAGGCGAGGAGAAGGACAAAUUGGAUGAUCUCUUGAAGAUGUCGCUGAAGCGCAAGGCGCAGCUGCACGAAAUAGAGCAAUCGCUGCCGGCGCGAUCCGGUCGCUACCUGCAGAUCAUUCUAGGCGAUGUGAACGUCUCGAUUUUGAACAGAAACGACAAAGUUCGCUACAAAGAUGACUAUGAAAAGUUUAAGUUAAUACUCAACGUAAUUGGACUGAUAAUGGCAUUUUUCAACUUGAUAUUCAACUACAGAGCUCUGGAACUGGCUUUCAUCUUUCUGCUGGUCUGGUACUACUGCACCCUGACCAUACGCGAGUCCAUACUGAAGGUGAAUGGAUCUAGGAUCAAGGGCUGGUGGCGCGCCCAUCACUUCAUCUCGACGGUGGCCGCCGGAGUGCUGCUGGUCUGGCCGCAGGGCGAGCAUUGGCAACUCUUUCGUCUGCAGUUCAUGUACUUUAAUGUCUACAUCAGCAUCGUCCAGUAUUUGCAGUUCGGCUAUCAGAAGGGUCUGCUGUAUCGGCUGAAGGCGCUGGGCGAACGCCACAAUAUGGACAUUACCAUUGAGGGCUUCCAUUCGUGGAUGUGGCGCGGCCUGAGCUUCCUCUUGCCAUUCCUGUUCAUUGGGUACGCCUUUCAGGCGUACAACGCCUGGACGCUCUUCAAGCUGGCCUACUAUCCGCCCGAUGCCCCCUGGCACGUGUCCGUCAUGUGCGGGCUCUUCCUGCUGCUCUUUGUGGGCAACAUCACCACCACGCUCCUGGUGGUGCCCGAGAAGAUACGCGAACGGGCCAAGGAGCGCUAUCGCUUGCAGAGCAUGGGCAAGUCCAUGAAGCUGCGCAAGGAGAUGAAGAAUAGCGCCAGCGACUUGGACAUUUCAAUCAGCUCGCAGGCAGCGUCUGCAGCGUCAACGCCGACUGCUGCGCAGCUAACGACGACGACGCCGUCAGCAUCAGCAGAAACAGCGACGCUAACGGCAACGGCAUCACCCGCCGAGAAGAAGGCGAACUAAAGCAGAACGGGCAUUUGUGAGAGGUCUAGCGCGCUCAGUCAUAUUUUUAUACAUAAUUUCCGACACCCACCCCCCGCUCCCACAUUUUUUUUUUCCUUUCUUAGUUUGCACACUAAUUUAUUGAUUUUGCUUUAAGCUGAAGUUUUUGGCUCUCUUUAUUAUUCCCAUUCGGCUUAUUGCAAUCAUUGAUUUUUUUCUGUACGUUCGUUCCGCUUUGAACGCCAACUUAACCAAGACAUUCACUUAUUGUGGAAGGAAAAACAACAAAAGGAAAACCAAAAAAAAAAAAA